AUGGACGUGCUAUCGCCUCCUGCUAACUUUCUGGCCGUGGUGGCUGACAAGCUUUUGCCUCCGCCCGUGUCGAUCAGGCCAAAACCCAGUCUUAUUCCUGGAAUCCCUGAUGGCAUCUUGGCCAUCUUCGCUCCCGUGAUCGCAUACUGGACCUACUCAACCUUUUUCCACAUCAUCGACGUGUACGAGCUCGCAGAAAAGUACAGAAUCCACCCAUCUGAAGAGGAGGAGCUGAGGAAUAAAGCUUCUCUCAGGGACGUCCUCUGGGACGUAGUGGUGCAACACGUGAUCCAGCUGGUGGCUGCCUACGCUGUCUACAGAAUUGACCCUCCUCCCACAACGGGCCACGAGCUUUAUACGGUCUGGUACUUGAAGCAUCACUGGGCUCCCUCGUGGGUGCCCGACAGCGCCCUCUGGUUUGCCUACAUGUACGGCUGGUCGAUUCUCAGAAUGGGCUUCGCCUUCUGCAUCAUCGACACUUGGCAGUACUGGCUUCAUAGAACCAUGCACUUGAACAAAACCUUGUACAGAAGAUUCCACUCGAGGCACCACAGACUUUAUGUGCCAUACGCGUACGGCGCCUUGUACAACGACCCCGUGGAAGGGUUCUUGCUCGACACGUUGGGAACGGGCAUUGCUGGGCUUAUAACGCAGCUCUCGCCUCGUGAGUCGCUCUUUGUCUACGUCUUCGCUACCAUGAAGACUGUGGAUGACCACUGCGGCUACCGUCUCCCUUGGGACCCAUUCCAAUUCAUCUUCCCCAACAACGCCAUUUACCACGACAUCCACCACCAAAACUGGGGGUUCCGCAACAACUUCUCCCAGCCUUUCUUCACCAUCUGGGACAAGAUGUUCAACACUCAGUACCAGUUUGUCCAGGAGUACAGGGACAAGCAGAACAAAAUCACCUUGGAGAAGUACAAGCUUUUCUUGGCCCGCAGAGAAGAGAAGAAACAAGCAAAGAUGAAUAAGUCUUCAUCAAUGGCCUACACGGACAGUACUGCCUCCACCGUGUCGGGAGAGUCAACUGCGGUGGGCACUCCAGAGAAAGAGACUAAAAAGGACAUUUAA